AUGGCGUCGAAUCUCCUCGAAAUCCCCUUCCGUCGGACUCACUCCGUGGAUCUGUCCUCUGCCAUCAAGCAAUACAUCUCCACCAAAUAUGAACAGUCCCCAGACAUGUUCGCAGAUGACCUGCGAGACAUCGACCGCCUCCGGAACGACGCCAUAAACGUCCGUGAACCCCACGUCAGUGGUGUCAAGCGUCUACAGAUAUAUGCUGCUCAACUGCGGUAUCUCGGCGGAAAGUUUCCUAUUGAUAUUGGCGUCGAUUUCCCGUGGUACCCUGCGAUAGGCUACGAUCGAGACAAGCCCGUGCUCCAGAACAACCUACGGUACGAGCUGGCAAAUAUACUCUUCAAUCUUGCGUCCCUAUACUCACAACUUGCACAUGCGACGAACCGGACGUCGAUCGAUGGGCUCAAAUCUGCUGCCGAAUACAGCAUCGCGGCCGCCGGGACCUUUGCUUUUAUACGGACAGAUAUCCUUCCCGAUAUGCGCUCGACUCCACCGGAGGAUAUGGAUGAUAUAACCUUGGACAGCUUACAACAACUUUGUUUGGCACAAGGGCAGGAAUCGUUCUGGCAGAUAGCCAUCAAGAGGAACAUGUCGGACGGCACGGUAGCAAAGCUCGCAGCAAAGGUCUCCGACUACUAUAUCUGUGCGGCGGAUGCCGCACGCCAGUCCCGGGCUGUGAGCGCGGAAUGGAUACACCAUUUUCAGGCGAAACACCACCAUUUCGCCGCUGCCGCCCAGUUUCGACAAUCUCGAUAUUGUCUACAAAACAAGCAGUAUGGCGAAGAGAUUGCCAGGCUCAAAGAUAGUCUCACCUGCGUCAACGAGGGUCUUCAAGAAGCUCGAUACAUCAAUGCUACGGUGACCGGGGACCUCAAUGGACUCAAGUCCAGGGUCACGGAAGAGCUGAAGAGGGCCGAAAAAGACAACGAUGUGAUCUAUCUGCAACCAACAACGCCCAAAUCCGAGCUCAAGCUUCUGGAUCGAACAAAUAUGGUCGCGGCAAAAACACCAGCAGAUAUUGUAAAUGGCAUUUCUCUGCUGGGUGAAGGAAAACCUUUUGGCAGGCCAUUGUUCGAAAAACUUGUUCCUUAUGCCGUCCAUCAAGCUGCGUCAAUAUACGCCGACCGACGCGACCGCCUUGUCAACCAGUCUAUCAUUGUCGAUCUUGAGGCUAUGACAGCGAGACUGAGAGAAGUUCUGCAGUCGCUCGAUCUACCAGGGUCGUUACAAGCCCUCGAAAAACCACUCGGUUUGCCUGGCAGCCUGGUCUCGAAGGCCGAGGAGCUUCGACAGCAGGACGCGUUGUACAGAAUCAAGAGAUCAAUGGAAGACACGACCAAGUUGAAGACCAAUGAUCUCGCCAUCUAUCAAGAGGGGGUCGCAUUGCUAGAGGCUGAAAAAGCCGAGGAUGAGCGGGCUCGAGCAAAGUACGGCACCGACAGGUGGGCGCGUCCACCCUCUACCACUGCUCUGGCCAAACUAUACCAGACUUCGAACGAGCUCCAGACAUAUCUAAACUCUGCCGCCUCGAGUGACAACUUAGUGCAGGCAAAGUUCCGAGAGAACGAACAUGUACUCAAGAUCUUGACUGGGACGAAUCGUGAUCUGGAACGAUUUGUCCCCUCGUCCAGUCAAGUGACCAUGACACCAGCCAUCGAGCAGGCCGCAUCUCGCCUACGGGCCUGUCUCAAUGAGGUGUCCCGCUUAGAGACUCGACGAAAGAAUCGUAUUGCGGCUCUGAAAGAGAAAGCCAAAUCUGAUGAUAUCGGACCGGCUCUGCUCGCCGAAGCAGCUCGGCUGGAGCGGGAGUAUCCCAUGCAGAAGAUCGAACCAGGUCAGUUCGAGAAGCUAUUCGAAACACGCCUUCAGGUCUAUGAGCCUGAUCGCGAAGCUCUUAUCACGGAACAAGAGGAGCAAGACCAAAUUGUCGCUCGGCUGCGCGAAGCCAACAAAGCAUUCUUAGACGCUCGAAGGGGCGAUACCAGUACCAAGGAUCGCCAAAAGGCUCUACAGACGCUGGACACAGGAUAUGCCAAAUACAAAGAGCUCAUCAAUAACUUGGACACUGGAAGAAAGUUUUACAACGAUCUUGCCGUUCAUGUGACACGUUUCCGAGACAAUUGUAAAACGCAAGUCUCGGAGCGCAGGAUAGAGGCCAGUCAGCUUGAGGCGGAGCUUGCUGGACAGGACAUGGGCAGACUCAAUCUCCAGGAAACACGAAGGGAAUUAAGAAGUCAGAAUACAGCGCCGCAGACGAGAAGCCGUACACAGCAACAGCCACCGGCAGAAACUCAAGAAGCACUGACCGCACCAGUGCCAACACGGAAUCCCCCUCCUGGAGGAGUUAUGCCCUCUACUUCGCCCCUGCCGGUCGGCGUUGCGGGUGGCACGAUUGGUGGUGGUGGAAUAUGGACACCAGACAUGGGUAUCAGGUUUGGUGGAGCGCCAAAUCAACCUGGGCAGGCGGGUUAUCCUGUCCCACGACGACCAUGA